AUGCCGAGGUCUCUGCCACAGCUGUACGAGGGAUCCGACGGCCUCUUCUGCAAUCUGUGCGGCGGCAAAAUCGGAGGUGACGACGAAUACCUAGCUAGCAGUCCAUGGUCGGCGAUGAUCCUCGAUGCGAAUGACGACUGGCGCGAACAGGUGAGCAGACAGGGUUUCGCGGAAGGACAGCCCAGCGACCUGACGAGUCUUUAUUUCUCGCUGCCCUGGAUGUGGAACCGCUUUUACCGGGCCAUUAUCGAUACCAAAUGGGGACUGCGUCAUCAAUUCAAAUUAACCGGAGUGGGGAUUGUGACGCCUUGCAACGUAGAGAGGGUCCGACUACCCAUUGACGUUGACGAUAUGGUGCUGGGGGACCCGAAUCUCGUCCCGGAGCGCCUCGACGAGGCAUAUCUAGAACCAAGGAAACAUAGAUCCAACUGCGAUGACCAUCGGUACAAUCCCAUCGCCUACCCUAUGCACGAGCGAUGCUGGGCGUUGAUGACUCGCAUCGUCGACGUCAAGAUAAUUACCGCGCAUUUGAGAGAGUUCUGCCAGGUUAUGUGGCAGACUCGACAGAGCAUUGGGCCCCUCGGUUCCAACACUUUGGCGCACAAGUACCAUGAAGAACCGUGGUGGCCCAAUUGGCGGCGCAUAUUUGGAGACGUAUCUGGUCGGUGCGACCCCUAUUAUGAGGCAAGGUUCACAAAGCCGCUCGAGUGCACAAACCGAAUGUACGCCUUACGUGACCCCUGGAAGGUCCCCGAGAUCUGGACCGCAAUCAAUCGCGAGAAGAAGCGAUGGCUUUCCGAAGAAGUGAGAAGGCCACGCAGGCGACUUGCUAUCCGGCCAACGCUCCCUCUCACGCAGAAACAACGAGUCUUGCGGCCAGUCUGGCGAAACGCUGCCGCAGUUGCUCCUCUUCCUCCAGAGCUGACCAUGAUCAUCAUCGAGUACCUGCGCUCUCCGCGAGAGGUGCGUCUUUUAAUGUGGGUCUUCCCACGCUGGGCUCAUUCUCUGCCUGCCUUCUACUGGCGCCGGUUGUUUAUCCGCGAGAUGAUCUUGGAAGACGAGGAUGAUCAGAUUCCUGGACCCGAUGAAUGUCACUGGCGGCGAUUAUUCUACGGUAUCGAUCGGAUAGGACAGACUUCCCAUGGCCUGCGCAACCGCCAGCGUAUCUUGGCAGUUUUGGAAACCACGGGGGCGGCAUUCAUGGACAAGUUAGGAAAUCACCAUGAGCAGAAAAGGAAACGUAAAUGGUGGGCUCCGGAGGGAUUGCGAGAGAUUGAAUGUUCUUAG